AUGCCGGCCAAGAGGAGCCGUCGAGGGUCGUCCGGAGGCCAGAGGCAGGCCCGCUCCCGCACCGCCCGAGCCGAGCUGUCGUUCUCCGUGAGCCACGUGGAGCGCCUCCUGCGCGAGGGCCGCUACGCCCGGCGCCUGGGCUCGUCCGCGCCGGUCUUCCUAGCGGCCGUCAUCCAGUACCUGACGGCCACCGUCCUGGAGCUGGCGGGCAACGAGGCCCGGAACUGCGGCAGGACGCGCAUCACCCCGGAGCUCGUGGACAUGGCGGUCCACAACAACGCGCUGCUCAGCCGCUUCUUCGAGUCCACCACCAUCUCCCAGGUGGCCCCGCCCCACGACUAG